AUUUUCUUCCAAGAAAAAAGAAGGAAAACAAAUACUGUACUACACAGAGGAGCUCCAUUGCCAAUACUCGCUCCUCCCCUCUUUAAGAAGGAAGGACGGCCAUUAUUAAGCCUCCCCUACCUCGCCCCUCUCCAUUCAAGCCGCCGGACCGGAGAAGACAAGAAGACCACACCCAGCCGCCGGAGGAGGAGGAGGCGAGGAGAACACCAGCCGCCUCGCAGGGACCGAGAGCUCACGAUGGACCCGCUUGAGGAAGAGUUGCCACCACCACCUCCUCUGCCUCCCAACGUGGUGCCCAUCAGAGCCGAAGAUGCUGCGGCUGCUGAUGCCAAUGAUACCCCAGCUGACAAGCCAACAAAGCCUAAGAGGCUCCUGAUGGUCAGACCCGGAUUGGGCAAGAAAGGACUGCCCAUCCAGCUCCUUGCCAACCACUAUAAAGUCUCUGUGAAGAGUUCAGAGGAAUUUUUCCACCACUACAAUGUUAUUAUGAAGUAUGAGGAUGAUACGCUGGUUGAUGGAAAAGGGGUAGGCAGGAAGGUGAUUGACAAACUGCAGCAUACUUACCGCGCCGAGCUCUUGAACAAGGACUUUGCCUAUGAUGGUGAGAAGAGCCUCUUCACUAUCGGCGCUCUUCCGCAAGUCAACAAUGAAUUCACUGUGGUUCUGGAGGAUAUUGGGUCUGGAAAGAGCGCUGCAAAUGGAAGCCCCGGAGGCAAUGACAGCAGCCCUGGAGGUGGUGACAGGAAGAGAGUGAGGAGGCCAUUCCAGACGAAGACUUUCAAAGUGGAGCUGUGCCUUGCAGGGAAAAUCCCGAUGGCCGCAAUCGGGCAAGCCAUUAGAGGACAGGAAUCAGAGAAUUCAAUGGAGGCGCUCCGAGUUCUUGAUAUCAUACUCAGGCAGCAUUCUGCAAAACAGGGCUGCCUUUUAGUUCGUCAGUCAUUUUUCCACAACAAUCCUGAUAGCUUUGUUGACUUGGGCGGCGGUGUGAUGGGGUGCCGAGGAUUUCACUCGAGUUUCCGUGGUACACAGAGUGGACUCUCCCUAAACGUCGAUGUUUCGACUACAAUGAUUGUUAAACCUGGUCCUCUUAUCGACUUUCUUCUCGCAAACCAGAAAGUUGACCACCCUAACAGAAUUGACUGGCCAAAGGCUAAGCGUGCUCUCAAGAACUUGAGGAUAAAAGCAGCUCCUACAAAUUCAGAGUUAAAGAUUAUUGGUUUGAGUGACAGAAACUGCAACGAACAGACGUUCCCGCUGAGGCAGAGGAAUGGUAACAACGGGGACACUAAUACUGUUGAAAUAACAGUCUCCGAUUACUAUCGGGUGCACAGAGGCAUAGAGCUCAAGUAUUCUGAUAAUCUCCCCUGUAUCAAUGCGGGGAGGCUAAAACGUCCGACUUAUUUCCCUGUGGAGCUUUGCACGCUUGUUCCUCUGCAAAGAUACACCAAAGCUCUGUCUACUCUGCAAAGGUCCUCACUUGUCGAGAAAUCCAGACAAAAGCCUCAAGAAAGAAUGUCAACCCUUAAUGAUGCACUGAAACGUAGCAACUAUGACUCUGACUCAAUGCUGAAGGCAUGCGGCAUUUCCAUUUCACAAAAUUUUACUCAAAUUGAAGGGAGGGUCCUGCAAGCACCCAAGAUGAGAGCCGGUAACAAUGAAGAUCUCCUCCCACGCAACGGACGUUGGAAUCUUGCACACAAGAAGCUGAUUAAGACCUGUGCCAUCAGUAGAUGGUCGGUUGUUAAUUUCUCUGCACGGUGCGAUGUUCAGGGUCUUGUCCGAGACCUUAAAAGGCUUGCGAUUGGAAAGGGACUGGAAUUCGAGGACCCCCAUGCUAUAAUUGAAGAAAAUCCAUCAAAGAGACGAGCGCCCGUGUCAGUUAGAGUUGAGGAGAUGUUUGAGCAGAUAAAACAGAAGCUACCUGGAGCACCCAGGUUCCUUUUGUGCCUUCUUCCUGAGAGGAAAAACUGCGAAGUUUAUGGUCCUUGGAAGAGGAAGUGUCUUGCCGAAUUUGGCAUUGUUACACAAUGUCUAGCUCCAGCAAGAGUCAAUGAUAAUUACCUAAACAAUGUGCUGUUGAAGAUAAAUGCUAAGCUUGGUGGUCUGAACACAUUGCUGCAAGUUGAAGUAUCCCGUGGAAUACCUAUUGUGUCAGAGGCGCCUACUAUCAUCUUGGGCAUGGAUGUGUCACAUGGUCAACCUGGGCAGUCUGACAGACCUUCUAUUGCUGCGGUGGUGAGCUCUCGUGAGUGGCCUCUCAUCUCUAGAUACAGAGCAACAGUGCACACCCAGUCACCUAAACUAGAAAUGAUGUCCUCCCUGUUUAAACCACGUGGAACUGAAGAUGAUGGCCUCAUUCGGGAAUCACUGAUCGACUUCUACACUAGUUCUGGGAAGCGAAAACCAGACCAAGUUAUUAUUUUUAGAGACGGGGUAAGUGAAAGCCAGUUUACUCAGGUCAUAAACAUCGAGCUUGAGCAGAUCAUUGAGGCAUGCAAGUUCCUUGACGAGAAGUGGGAACCUAAGUUCACACUCAUUGUUGCCCAGAAGAACCAUCACACCAAGUUCUUUCAAACUGGAUCUCCGGAGAAUGUUCCUCCAGGGACUGUCGUGGAUAAGCAAGUCUGCCAUCCUAAGAAUUUCGACUUCUACAUGUGUGCACAUGCUGGCAUGAUAGGAACUUCGAGGCCAACACAUUACCAUGUUCUCCACGACGAGAUCUGCUUCACUGCCGAUGCGCUUCAGGAAUUUGUGCAUUCCCUCUCUUAUGUGUACCAGAGGAGCACGACGGCCAUAUCGAUCGUUGCUCCAAUAGCCUACGCUCACCUCGCGGCGGCCCAGGUGGGCACGUUCAUGAAAUUCGAGGACAUGUCGGAUGCGUCAUCGAGCCAGGGAGGAGGUGGGCACACAUCCGCGGGCAGCGUCUCAGUGCCGGAGCUGCCGCGGCUCCACGAGAAAGUGCGGAGCACCAUGUUCUUCUGCUGAUGCGCUCUUUCUUGAGA